AGGCGUAGCGCAUCACGGGCGGCCUGGCAGCUGGCGGAAUCCGCACUGACGCUUCUAGUCGUCCUUCGGCCCCGGCGUCGGAACUUGCUUUGGGGGCAUGAGCAGAGGGCAGCACACCGAGGCCACAAGUUAUUCAUAGAGAUUGAUGGAAGCAGAAACCAAAACUCUUCCCCUGGAGAACGCAUCCAUCCUUUCAGAGGGCUCUCUACAGGAAGGACACCGAUUAUGGAUUGGCAACCUAGAUCCCAAAAUCACAGAAUACCACCUCCUCAAGCUCCUCCAGAAGUUUGGGAAGGUAAAGCAGUUUGACUUCCUCUUCCACAAGUCGGGUGCUUUGGAAGGACAGCCUCGAGGUUACUGUUUUGUUAACUUUGAAACUAAACAGGAAGCAGAGCAAGCCAUCCAGUGUCUCAAUGGCAAACUGGCACUGUCUAAGAAGCUGGUGGUACGAUGGGCACAUGCCCAAAUAAAGAGGUACGAUCAUAAUAAGAAUGAUAAGAUUCUUCCCAUCAGUCUCGAACCAUCUUCCAGCACUGAGCCCACACAGUCUAACCUAAGUGUCACUGCAAAGAUAAAAGCCAUUGAAGCAAAGCUGAAAAUGAUGGCAGAAAAUCCUGAUGCAGAAUACCCAGCAGCACCUGUUUAUUCCUACUUCAAACCACCAGAUAAAAAAAGGACUACCCCUUAUUCUAGAACAGCAUGGAAAUCUCGAAGAUGAUGGUUGUGAAUUAGCGUAACAGCAAAAGCAAAUUGAUCUCUACACCUGACCUCUUCUGCCUUUGUACUUUGUAGAUGUGAAUGGUACUAUCCAACAGAGCACAAUCACAUGUUAGUUUGGUAACAUAACGUUUUUGGAUGUUCUUAUGAGUGUGUCUUCUCUGAACUAUGUGUGGAAUUGAGCAGCAUCCAGAAUAAAUAGAAUUGUGUCCAAAAUUGUGAUUUGAACACUGAGUUGCUCUAGUUGGCUGGUCUGUAUGAAUUUGGAACUCCAGAAACUAUAUAAUGUGCCAGACAGAAAGGCAAAUGUACAAAUGUUAUUAUUCAAAUCAGAAAGCUAAAUCGAUUGACAUCUAUUAAAAAAACAGCAUUUUUCUUGCACAUGUCUUUACAACAUGAAAAAAAGAAGUGAGAUGCAGAUUUCCAGUCGUGUUUAGAACUGCUGUUGGAGAAUUUACUAUGGAGCUCUCUCCAUCUGGACUAAAAAAUAGAAUUCUUGGCAAAAGAGAGCUGAUCCUUUGAGCAAAUGUAGUAAUCUGCUUAAGAAUUAUGCUUAUUGUUUCAAAACCCCAAUUAGGAAAACCUGGUGUAUAUCUUAAAUUUGUUUGUGUCGACAAACUGUAGAAUCAAUUUAGUGUUUUAUACCGUAACAGAACUUUUGUUGGGCAAUUUAACUUUUAUUCUAUAGCAAUCAUUUUUAAAAAUCUGAAUAAUCUUGCCUUCUAUAAUAACCAAAUGUUGUUAUUUACACAAUACUUUUAAAAUUGCACUUACUGCAUGAGAUUGUUUUUAUAGCAUGAGAUUGUUCUAUUUGGAGUUGUAUAAAUGAUCAAACUUAAAAAUAGCAAAAUUUUAAACUUAAAUAUUGCUACAUUGGUCACUGUCAUACCUAUUUACUUUGUGGUAGUCAUGUGGGGAUUUGGUAGGAGAAGUUGAGUAAUCUUGUGCAGGAUGAGAAGGGCACAGGCACCAGGAGCAGAAAGUCAGUGGAGCUGGCACCAAGAUUGUAGUCGCCUCAUACUUUACGUACUCCAGUGGUGGCAAACCUUUCAGAGUGUUCAAUGAUCAAGAGCCAGGUGCGGCACAGGUUCACCACCACUGAUGUAGUUUCAAAAGACUGCAUGCCUUGCAAAUGACCCUUCAUGCAUAGGACAUUGUUCUUCCUAGAUACUUUUGGCACUCUGAACAUUUUUAAGUACGACAGUAGAGAGCAGUAUAUAAAUUGACAUUUGGGGAUGUGUUUCUUUAACAGUUUGGGCCAUGUUGGUGCCAGCCUUGACAGACCAUUUCAUUGGGCAGCUCCAUUGCUGCUUUAGUAGGCAAAUCACUUUGUUACUUACUCCAUGUGCCACUCCCGGUGAUUAGACAGUAUUUACCACUCUCAGUUCUAGCAAGAGGAUACUUUCCUGAUAGGAAUUUAAGUCUUCCUGCUGGUAUAAGUGAAGUUAAAACACUUGAAUCAAAAUUUUAGCAUAAUGAGGUUUUAGAAUGCCCAGAACUGGUUCAGAGAUUUUCGUAAUCUUUUACCCAAGCUCAGUCUUUUUAGCUAUCCAAAUAGUCUGCUUUUAUUAGCUAUGUCUGUCUACGAUGCAAGUAACUCUCUUCCCAUUUUUGAGAUAGUUCAGGGAGGUGGGAGUGCUGCCUCCCAUUUUUCUGGUGACUUUGGAGUAUAGAACUCACCAUUGUAUCCUUAAGUCCUCAAGGGAUUGUGGUGAAGUAGAAUUCAAUGCAGAUAGCCUUCUAUUUUUAGUAGGAAUUUAGAAAACACGCAGAACUAUGUAGGGUUGUUUUGUUUAGAACCUAGAACUAUUUAUUUGUACUUAAAGCAAUGGUUUUUUAUUUGUACCAAUUCUUAUCCCUACAUAUGAAUAAAUGCAAGACUGUGUGUGCG